UGUCUGGUUAGAAGCAGUGGAGCCCUUUUUUUUUUUCCUUCUUCUUCUUCUUCCCUUUCUCUCUUCUUCUCUUUCGCCUUCUUCUGGAAGAGAAGGUCGACGCUACUUUUACUUCUUCUUCUGGAUCUGAUUCGGAUCCAUCGAUCUCUUCCUUCUCUACAUCGAUCCUUUUAGAUCUCACCUGUAACUGUUCGUAUUUCGCCGACCUUUCUUCUCUCAUUUACUAAACCCUUCAAAUCCCCUUCGAGAUUAAUAAGAUUGCUUUCUGAUUGAGAUUCCCCUUUGACUGGAAAAGUCUGCUACUGACUUUUCUUUUUUUUUUGUCUUUCUUCCUGUUUCUUACAUCAGCUUCUGCUAAAUCUCUCAGAUUCUUGAAACCUCUGAAUCGUUUUCGAGUUUGUUUUUGUUUCUGUGCAUCCCUUUGACGGAUGUGGAGGAAAAAAAGGGUUGUCCUGAUGAAAUGAGGGAUGUUAUCUACGUUAAUGAAACUCUUGAGUGCUUGUCUGUGGCCGUCUUCUUCCUCGGGCAAGUCCUCUGAUUCGACUGGAAAACAAGAUGGAUUGCUUUGGUACAAAGACUCUGGUCAGCACCUCGUUGGUGAAUUCUCCAUGGCUGUUGUUCAGGCCAACAACUUGCUUGAGGAUCAGAGCCAAGUUGAGUCUGGUCCUUUGAGUACUCUUGACUCUGGUCCUUAUGGAACUUUUAUUGGAAUUUAUGAUGGCCAUGGCGGGCCUGAGACCUCACGAUUUGUUAAUGAUCACCUUUUUCAGCAUCUUAAGAGAUUCGCAACAGAGCAUGCUUCUAUGUCGGUGGAUGUUAUUAAAAAAGCCUAUGAGGCUACUGAAGAAGGUUUUCUAGGUGUUGUGACAAAGCAGUGGCCUACUAAGCCCCAGAUUGCAGCGGUUGGGUCUUGCUGCCUGGUUGGUGUUAUAUGCGGAGGGAUGCUCUACAUAGCUAAUGUUGGGGAUUCCCGUGCUGUUCUUGGAAGGGCUAUGAAGGCGACAGGUGAGGUUAUUGCCCUUCAGCUCUCCGCGGAACACAAUGUGAGCAUAGAGUCUGUUAGGCAGGAGAUGCACUCCUUGCACCCGGAUGACUCGCAUAUUGUCAUGUUAAAGCACAAUGUCUGGCGUGUUAAGGGACUUAUUCAGAUAUCUAGAUCCAUAGGCGACGUGUAUCUUAAAAAGGCGGAAUUCAACAAGGAACCAUUGUACACAAAGUACAGACUCCGGGAGCCAUUCAAACGACCGAUCUUGAGUGGGGAACCGACAAUAACAGAGCAUGAGAUUCAACCACAAGAUAAAUUUCUGAUAUUCGCUUCUGAUGGACUAUGGGAACAGCUGAGCAACCAAGAAGCUGUUGACAUCGUUCAGAACCACCCACGAAACGGGAUAGCACGGAGACUGGUGAAAAUGGCACUGCAAGAGGCGGCAAAGAAACGAGAGAUGAGAUACUCUGAUCUGAAGAAGAUAGAGAGAGGAGUGAGGAGGCAUUUCCACGAUGACAUAACUGUGGUCGUCAUUUUCCUUGAUACGAAUCAGGUGAGCUCUGUCAAAGGACCCCCUCUGUCUAUCCGAGGCGGCGGUAUGACCUUCCCCAAGAAAGUCUAAGAUACUCCACUUUUAGGUUCCAUCUUUUGUAGUUAUAUAUAUAUAAAAAAAAAAAAGGUCACUCGUUGGUAUAAGAAGAAUGUAUAAUUUUAACGUGAAAGCCACACACUACUGACGUUUGGAACUCAUUCCAGUAAUUAUUAAUUUUUAUUUAUUCUGCGAAAACUUUGUGUAACGAUGUAAUUGUUGUUGAUGAUGAAUGAAUAUGAAUGUAGGCCUUCUUCUGUCAUGUA